ACUGGAUGCCAAAGAUUAAAAAUGUCGACUGCGAGCAACUGCGAGUGUCCAUAGCGAAACGUGGUAUUGCGUGAUUUGCGUCCUGUGGAGGAUGGAAGUUUAAUAAAGAGAAAAGUAGAAAGAGUGUCUAUACUAAUAUACUUGUUAUAUUUCUACGUUGAUAAAAAUAGAAGAAAGAUCAUUGUGUGAGAGUAUACUUAUUUAGCAAAUAUGGUGUUGUCGUGUCGAUUUUAUAAAGAAAAAUAUCCAGAAGUGGAAGAUGUUGUGAUGGUAAAUGUGCGCAGUAUAGCUGAGAUGGGUGCAUAUGUGCACUUAUUGGAGUACAACAACAUUGAGGGCAUGAUCUUGCUCUCUGAAUUAUCCAGAAGACGUAUUAGGUCUAUUAACAAACUCAUUCGAGUAGGCAAAACUGAACCAGUUGUCGUCAUUCGAGUGGAUAAAGAAAAAGGUUAUAUUGAUCUCAGCAAGCGUCGUGUGUCUGCUGAAGAUGUGGAAAAGUGUACAGAGAGAUAUGCUAAAGCUAAAGCUGUUAAUUCAAUUUUAAGACAUGUAGCAGAAUUGUUACAUUAUGACAAUGAUGAUCAAUUAGAAGAAUUAUAUCAGAAGACAGCCUGGCAUUUUGAAGAAAAAUAUAAGAAACAGAAAGCAUCUGCUUAUGAUUUCUUCAAGCAAUCAGUAUUGGAUCCUUCCAUUUUAGCAGAAUGUGGCCUCGAUGAGCAUACGAAAGAAGUAUUGUUAAAUAAUAUCAAACGGAAACUCACCUCGCAAGCUGUCAAAAUUAGAGCAGAUGUGGAAGUAGCAUGUUACGGCUAUGAAGGUAUUGAUGCUGUAAAGACUGCAUUGAAGGCUGGCUUAGCUCUCUCUACUGACGAAUUACCUAUAAAAAUCAAUUUAAUUGCUCCUCCCUUGUAUGUUAUGACGACAUCUACACCGGAAAAACAGGAUGGAUUAAAGGCAUUAGGAGACGCAAUCGAAGUUAUUCAGAAUAAAAUAACGUCACUCGGGGGUGUAUUCAAUGUCCAAAUGGCACCAAAGGUUGUUACCGCGACGGACGAGGCAGAAUUAGCGCGCCAGAUGGAACGAGCAGAACUCGAAAAUGCGGAAGUCGCUGGCGACGAUGACGAGGAGGAAGUAGAGGGAAUGGAGGGCGAUUUCAGCGGCGACGAAGGAGCCGAACAGAACAGCAAAAUUGAAUAUAACAAUAAAGGCGAAGAGCAUAAUGAUAAAGAGGGAGACAUUUCUGAGGAAGAGAAUUGAAUUCUUAUAUAUUCGAAUAAUAAAGUACACAUUUGAUAAAAUGGGCAGAUA